CAACUUGCCUGAUUAGCAUAACUCGCACUGAAUUUCUGGGCUUUUACUUUGGAGAUUUGGAGGCUAAAACAACGUGUGAAGAUCAGCUUUUUAAAGUAACAGGAGAACGGAUCCUCGUCAUGUCGAGUGGUGAUGAUAUAUUCGCUGAACCAAUGCUCGAUACAGAUGAGUAUUUGGAGAAAUACAUGCAGCAAUUGAUCAAGCUUGACAAACAAGGUCUAUUACCAGACUUGACUGAGACGUUGAGGUACAAAGUUUACUCGAUUCAAGGAAGCGGCAUUAGUGCCCACAAAUCCAUUGUUCUCUCUACAAAUGACGAGCAAUUCGUCUCUGUAGAGCUUGGUAUCGACACAAUUAAGGGUAGGAGACAUAUUUACCCAGUGACGAGGAAAAUUGACAAAGAUUUGAAGCCUGAGAUGGAAUACCUCGGAGUGAUCGAAGCCACCGGAGAAGAUCUAAUUGCCAAAGCAAUUGCAGUGAUGAAACAUUUUGGAAGGUAUUUCAUGUUUGGCAACAACUGCCACGACUUCUGCGACAGGUACCUUGAGGCCAUUGGAUUAAAAGAAGCCCAAACCGUAACAGACGCGGAUAAAGUGGGUAUAUCAGCAAUCAUCGCCAGCAUCAUUCCAGGUCUCUUUGCCUUCAAGCGCUGACUUGAUGGAACUGUUAAUACUACCGCAGGCCUUACUUACAUUUCUUAAUUUGAUUCUUUUAUUGACUUUCAUUAUGCUUCUUAAUUUGUUAUCAUUUUUACUUGAACAAUUACCGAGUUUGAAUUUUGUGAUUCUAUUGUAUAUUUUCGAUUAGUCAGCAAAGUAUUAGUAAUGACACAAUGAAACUCAGUUUCUCGGAUAAUUCAUUUUUUUAGUGAACCUGUGAAUUAUUUACUUUCUGGUUUUUUGCAGUUCAUAACCUUAUAGAUCUAUUUAAACAGCGGACAAGAUUUCCGGUCUGUUUUUUAUUUUCUAGUUUUCCUAUCAGUUUGUCAAGUUAUAAGUAGAAGAAGAAUAAAUUGCUUCAAAAAUGGC